GUAAGACCCGGUCCCACUUUAGUUCUUUGGGCCCCUGUAUUCCUCCCUCCUUUAACAACUAACAGAAACAACCAGUCAUCAGCUUCGCAUCACCGUUGAUCAUUUCACUAGAACCAAAAAAAAAAGAAGAAAAACAAAAUCUCUUGAUGAUGAUCAACUUCAAUUGAAUGAAAUAACAAGUCAAUCCCAAACAAAGAGAAGCAGAAGCAAGGACCACCUACACAAUUUACCAUGCUAGCCAAGCUCUUUCACAAGAAUACCGCUCAGCAACCGCCGCCACCGCCACCACUACCUGAGGCUAUGGAGGAUAAUUUGGGAAGAGGGAAAUUGAGAGGUGAAGAUAUAAAUCCAGCGGUGGCUGUUCACUAUGGAAUUCCUUCUACUGCUUCAGUUUUGGCUUUUGAUCCGAUUCAAAGCCUAUUGGCUAUUGGAACUUUGGAUGGUAGGAUAAAAGUGAUUGGCGGUGAUAACAUUGAAGGGCUUCUUGUUUCUCCUAGGCAAUUGCCUUUUAAGAACUUGGAGUUCCUACAAAAUCAGGGUUUUCUAGCCAGUAUCACAGCUGAAAAUGAGAUUCAGGUGUGGGAUUUGGAGCAAAGGAGACUAGCUUCCACUUUACGAUGGGAAUCCUGCAUAACUGCAUUUUCUGUCAUUUAUGGCUCAAAUUACAUGUAUGUUGGGGAUGAAUAUGGAAUGGUGUCUGUGUUAAAAUAUGAUGCCGAGGAAGUAAAACUGAUACAGCUUCCAUAUUAUGUUCCAACAGAUGCAAUAGCUGAGGCAUCCGGGCUGUCCUCACCUAAUCAUCACUCUGUUGUUGGACUUCUCCCUCAACCUGCAUCUCAAGGAAAUAGACUGUUGAUUGCAUAUGAUGAUGGAUUGAUUAUUCUCUGGGAUGUUUCUGAAGAUAAAGUCAUUCUAACUAAAGGCAAUAAAGAUCUUCAAUUGAAGAGCAAAACAGUGGCUGGCUUUCAUAAAGGCGUGGGACAUGAGCUUACUGAUGAUAUAUCAUUAUAUGAACAUGCGGACAAAGAAAUAAGUGCUCUCUGUUGGGCAUCUAGAAAUGGAUCAGUUCUUGCUCUUGGUUAUGUUGAUGGAGAUAUAAUGUUCUGGAACCUAUCAACUGCUGCUUAUGCCAAGUCUGAAAAAUCAUCAAAUGAUGUUGUUAAGCUGCAAUUAUCCUCUGCGGACAGAAGACUCCCGGUGAUUGUUUUGCAUUGGUCUGCAGACAGUUCACAGAAUGGUUGCCAGGGUCGACUCUUUGUUUAUGGUGGAGAUGCAAUUGGGUCUGAAGAAGUCCUAACGAUUUUGAGCAUUGAUUGGUCUGCUGGGAUAGAAAAUGUUAAGUGCAUUGGACGUGUAGACCUUACCCUCAAUGGCACUUUUUCUGAUAUUGUUUUAUUACAAAGUGAUGGUGUGAGCAAAAAUAAAGGCACUUUAAUAUUGACAAACCCUGGACAGCUACAUUUUUAUAAUGAUGCUUCCUUUGCUUCCUUGUCAUCCCAGCAACAGGAACAAAAUUAUGUUCCUUCUAUGCAGUAUCCUAUGGUCAUACCAAUUGUUGAACCAUACAUGACUGUGGGAAAGCUGGGUUUGGUAUAUAGAGAUGGGAAGUUCUCAAAGGCUUUUUCUAAGACAGUAUCUGCUGCAAAACUCCAGGCAGCACAUGCACGAAGAAGCAUGAAUUGGCCUUUGACUGGUGGGGUUCCUAGCCAACCUCAUGAUGCUGAAAAUUAUCAGGUUGAGAGAGUAUAUAUAGCAGGUUACCAAGAUGGAUCUGUUAGAAUAUGGGAUGCCACAAAUCCAACGUUUGCACUUCUUUAUGUUUUAGGACCUGAGGUGAAAGGUAUCGAGAUUGCAGGUACAAGUGCAUCAAUAUCUGCAUUGGAAUUUUGCUCGUUCACUUUAAGUUUAGCUGUUGGCAAUGAACUUGGUAUGGUUCAUCUAUAUAAACUAAUUGGGAGUACAAAUGAAAUGAGUUUGCACUUGGUCAAAGAAACUGGAAAAGAAGUCCACACUUUGCAACAAGGGGAUGGACCUCAAUGUGUAGCUGUCUUUUCAUUCUUCAAUUCUCCGAUUUGCAAUUUACAAUUUGCGAACUAUGGUUCCAGACUUGCCGUAGGAUUUCAUUGUGGCAAGGUAGCAAUGCUUGAUAUAAUCACGUUUUCGGUGUUAUAUCUUACCAACAGUGUCUCCAACUCAGAGUCACCUGUCAAGUCUCUGGCUGUAAAAUCAUUUUCAGAUACUCUUAGCUCAAUAAGUAAUCCAGAGUUUAUCGAGUCCAAAAUCAAGUCAGAUCCUGGAAAGUCAGAAUUGAUCAUUGUGACAAAAGAUGCACAUGUUGUUGUUGUAGAUGACAACUCUGGUAGCAUAAUCAGCUCUCAAUCAGUACUAUCUGAAAAGGAAUCAAAUGUAAUUUCUAUGCAUAUCAUAGAGGGUGGCAAUUUAGUCUCUGAUAUGUCCAGUGAAAAACAUUCACGCAACUCCACUCAGAACAGUGAAACUAAUAGUGAACCUGAUCAAGGUCUCAUUCACUGUGCACUUAAAGUUGAUCAUGAAACCUCUAGCGAAACUUCCUAUUACAGGCAAAGAAUAGAGAAUUUUUAUCUUCUGCUCUGUUUUGAGGAUGAAUUACAGUUAUACUCUUUGAAAUCUCUGAAUGAGGGUGAUAUUAAUCCUAUUCGGAAGGUGAACCUUUUGAAUACAUGCUGUUGGACUACAACUUUCAAGAAAGAUGAUAAAGAGUGUGGGCUUAUUGUCCUAUAUCAGACUGGAGUGAUUGAAAUAAGGUCUUUGUCAGAUCUUGAAGUGGUGGGAGAAAGCUCUUUAAUGUCAAUUUUGAGGUGGAACUUUAAAACUAACAUGGAGAAAACUGUAUGCUCAUCUGAUACUGCAGAGUUUAUGCUGGUAAAUGCGUGUGAAUUUGCUUUUGUUUCUCUUUUGACCUGCGGGAAUAACUUCAGGAUUCCAAAAUCAUUGCCUUGCCUUCACGACAAAGUCCUUGCAGCUGCUGCUGAUGGUGCUAUGAGUUCAUCUCCCAGUCAGAAGGAACAGGUUGGUCCUUCUGGUAUUUUAGGUGGUUUCAUCAAGGGCCUGCAAGUGGGUAAGCUAGAGCAUGGCAUGGAUAUUUCUGAAGUUUGUGAUAAUAACUUGGCUCAUUUAGAGAGCAUAUUUUCUAAUCCCCCGUUUUUAAAGCCUUCCCUGGACAUCUCAGAUAAGCAAAAAGUUUUGGAGCUGAACAUAGAUGACAUUGUUAUUGAUGAACCUCUUGUUGUCUCAUCUUCAUCAUUGACGAAUAAGAAAGAUAAAAAAGAUAAAGGAGCUGAAAAAGAAAGAUUAUUUGAGGGAUCAACUAUUGAUUCAAAGCCAAGACUUAGAACAGCUGAAGAAAUUAAGGCCAAGUAUAGGAAGGAGGAUCCUGCUGCUGCUGCUGCACAGGCCAGGGACAAACUUGCAGAACGUGGUGAAAAACUUGAGAGGCUAAGCCAGCGAACCGAGGAGCUGCAAAGUGGGGCUGAAAACUUUGCAUCAAUGGCAAGCGAACUUGCCAAACAAAUGGAAAAACGCAAGUGGUGGAACCUAUGAUGAUUCAAUACCGAUAUCUUUUUGCUUGGAUCCAUUAAUCAGCCUGAUUUUCGCAGAAACACACCACUAGGUUAGCUAUAAUCAUGUGAUCUAUAGAGCUAUGGAUAGGUAAUCACAGAAAGUUUACAGUUCUCUUUAUUGGUACUUUAUUGUGUUUAUACCCAUUCGUGCAUGAUCAUGACGGGUCAAAGUAAUUCAUCUAUACAUAUAAAUUAAUCUUGUACCUCGUUUUGACAUUGUAUCUUCUUUUCAAUUGGAUGGACAGACCAAACAUGGAUUCUCUUA